CAAGCGAUCGCGUGAGUCUGUGGACAGUGAUCGCACGUAAAUGACGCAGGAUUUUGCGUAGAGCUGCAGCAGUGAAUGGAGCCUCAUAAAAUGGCGGAUCGCGGUGAAGAUGUAGAUGCAGAGAGUGAAGAUGAAUUAUAUGAGGUGGUUAACAUCACAGAUUAUGCCAGGAGGCAUCAAUGGUGGAGUCGUGUUUUUGGGAACAGUACGGGACCCAUUGCAGAAAAGUACUCUGUGGCUUCACAGAUCAUGAUGGGUGGAGUAACAGGAUGGUGCGCUGGUUAUCUCUUUCAGAGAGUUGGAAAAAUUGUGGCUACUGCUGUUGGAGGGGGAUUUCUUUUGUUACAAAUUGCCAACCACAGUGGCUAUGUGCAGGUUGACUGGAGAAAAGUGGAAAAGGAUGUGAAUAAAGCUAAAAAGCAUUUGAAGAAAAAGGCAAACAAAGCAGCCCCUGAGCUCAAUUCCUUUAUAGAAGACUCAACAGAAUUUGUGAAGAGGAACAUUGUUAUCUCGGGUGGAUUUGUUGGAGGAUUUCUGCUGGGCUUGGCGUCCUAAAUGAAACCUGGAUCUACUGUUUUGCCACUGAUAUAAGUAGUUUGCACAUUAAUAUUAUCCCCUGUCUCUGUAUCACAGCGAUACAACACUGAAACCUGAUGUAUUGUCAAAGCAGCCAGUGCAAUGGACGUUUGCUGAACUGUUGUUCUAAAUAUAAUCCUCUGAAAUGUCGUUCUUAACUGUACAUAGCUUAAUCAUUCUGAUGGAGAGCGAGAUACUGUGCCAAUAACUUAAUAGAAAAUUGGUGGUGUGGUUUUAUUUUAUUUUUAAUUUUAUUUCACCUACUUCUAAUGAUGUCUGUUACAUAUACAACUACUAAAGUGUUUCUUAUUAUAUUUAGUUUUUGACAAUACACUUUUUUGAGUUAGUUGUAUAAUUUCCUUAAUUUUUACUUGUCCAGAAGCAUGUAUUGUUUUUUGUUGAUUGUUUUACUUUGUGAUUAAUUUGUUUUUAAAUAUACAAAACAACCCACCAAUAACAUGUAUGUGGAAGUAAUAAAAAUGAUGUCUUUCUGGUUA